CCCAUUUGGGAAAAAAUCGAAUUUCAAAUCGGAAAACGUAUAUUUGUUGCAUGAGAGCAGCAGUUACCAGAGGGAAAUUGCUAGGGUUUCUUCAGCGAUCAUCCAUCUCCAGCAGAGGCCGUCCUGUCGGGAAUUCGAGCCGUCUGUUCAGAAACGCCAUGUCUGAUUCUUCCGACCGUGCCGUACCCAGACCCGUCGUCAAGAAGGUCUCAGCGAAGCUUCAGAAGGAAGGCGAUGGCGCCGUCGUCAGAAGAGGCAUUGGCAGGAGCGAGCUCAAGUUCUUGGAUCCAUUCCUGAUACUCGAUGAAUUCUCCGUUUCCCCUCCUGCUGGAUUUCCAGAUCAUCCUCACCGAGGCUUCGAGACUGUGACAUAUGUGCUGCAGGGAGGCAUCACUCACCAAGACUUCAAAGGCCACAAGGGCACAAUCUACGCGGGAGAUGUUCAGUGGAUGACAGCGGGAAGAGGAAUCAUCCAUUCAGAAAUGCCGGAAGAAGAAGUCAACAGAGGGUUACAGCUUUGGGUCAACCUCUCCUCCAGAGACAAAAUGAUAGAGCCAAACUACCAAGAACUGUCGAGUUCAGACAUCCCGAGAGCAGAGAAAGACGGGGUCGAGGUCAGAAUCAUAGCCGGAGAAUCGAUGGGAAUCCAAUCUCCUGUCUACACGAGAACACCGACAAUGUUCCUGGACUUUGUCCUAAAGCCGGGAGCUAACUUCCACCAGAACAUUCCAGAAUCUUGGACGGCCUUCUCGUACAUUCUAGAAGGAGAAGGCACUUUCUCGCCAAACUCGUCGCCUGUACCGCCGCACCACGUCGUGGUGUUCGGGCAAGCGGGGGAUGGCGUCAGCGUGUGGAACAAGUCAUCCAGGUCUCUGAGGUUCGUGCUGAUCGCUGGUGAGCCCAUCGGGGAGCCAGUGGUUCAGUACGGACCGUUCGUGAUGAAUUCAGAAGCCGAGAUCGAUCAGACCAUCGAAGACUAUCACUAUGCCAAGAAUGGGUUCGAAAUGGCUAAGUAUUGGAGUUCACAAUGAGUCAUAAAAAGAAAAGAAUCAAUCCCUGAGGGAUAAAACACAGUUUCUUCUGUAUUGUUUUUUUUUUGUGUAAUUUCUGUUUAUUUUUAUUUUUAUUUUGGUUUUAUAACUUAUUUAUGAUAAUGUUAUAUUCUUAUCCAUAAUAGGUGAUUUCUAAUCAGUUUGUCAGCUUA